GAUGCGAAAUAUAGGAACAGUCAUUCUGCUGCUGGAAUCAUAAAUAUGUUCCCACUGCCAAACUUUGGUAAGUAGCCUGGUUGGUAGAAAACAGCAUCGGCGGACUGUAAGCUGCUGCCAACAUCAACACCAGCACGGUUGGUUGGAAGUUUUGGAGGGGGGAUAUGGACGGUAUCCGCGCUCCGGUCGGUGGAUGAGACGCAACAAGGAGCAGUGUGAGGGCUGGUCUGAGCGACCCUCAGCAGCCAGCAGCCUCAUUCUGCGCGCAGGCUGAUAACGGAACACACCUCCUGGAGAAUAUUAGGCACGUGUGGAGCAUCUGUUCAGCACUCCUGCUCCCUCUCUGUUGGAUAUAAACUGCAGCUUUGAUUUCUUUUCCUCUUCUCUCUCGCAUCGAUUGUGCUGCGGCAGACAUGGAGGAUCAGGGCCGGAUGAUGCAGGCUCUCAGCGGCAUGACUCUGGCCGGACACUCGGUGCAGGGAACCGUCGGGCUGCCACUGCCUCAUAUCCAGGACUGUACCGACGGGGACCGACGCAAGCAGGACAUCGGGACUAUUCUACAUCAGAUCAUGACUAUUACGGACCAGAGUCUGGAUGAAGCGCAGGCAAAGAAACAUGGAUUGAACUGUCACAGGAUGAAGUCUGCACUCUUCAGCGUCCUCUGUGAAAUCAAAGAGAAAACAG